AACGUUCCUUCCACUGCCAGAUGGUGUGCAACCCCAACCCCAAGCUCAAGCUCAAACCUCGUCCUAGCAAUCCCUCUGGGCCAUCACCUCGACAUUUGCCAUCUCGUUGUUCAUUUCCAUUGCUCAUCCCUUGACCGACGACAGGGGCUUGCACAACCGACGCUCAGACCGUACCCGACAUCCCGGCGCCUCGCCAGGCCCGUCUAGGACCUCGUGUGGCGCUGAGGACGAGCCCUGCCUGAGCCCGCCCCGGCUGUCUGGUAACCUCGUCUCUGGGAGGCCAUUUGUCGCAGUGUCGUGACGGCGAGACGGCCUGCCAAGCACACAAGCGCGCCUGUCUUGUCCUCCAGCCCUCCCGACUGGCCGUGGGGCCCCGCGGCAGGUCGUGCAGAUGUCCUCCUGAAGUCCCAGCAGGGCCGGCUCCCCGGCUCCAGCUCCAGCUCGCCCGUCACGCUCGACAUGUCUUCUUCUUUUGUCGUUUGUGGCCGCCCAGCACGAGACCUCCUCAUGCACUCGACAGGCUAAGCUUCUUAUUAGCCCUUGACCAUCCAUGCAUCUCCAGCCUCUGGGGCCCCGGAAACGGCAUCACCGCUCUGAUGUUGGCACGCCGUUGGCACAUGGCAUCGAUGUGGCGUGGCCGCCCGCCGGAUCCAAAUGUCAGCCAACCCGCCAACCCGCCCGCCCAGAAGCCCAGCCAGCCAGCCGGAUCCCAACGGGCUGGUCGUCUGGUUUUCUGGUUGUCUACUGGCAGACCGUGGCUGACAUGGCAGGCCAUCCCGCACAUCAGUGUGGCCUGCCUGGCCAAUGCCUGGCCACUCCUCGCCUAGCCACUCCUCGCCUAGCCAGGGGCAGACAGUCGCACAGGCAGACACAAAGUCACACAACCUUGACAACCAGCCUGCAACUCCCUGCCUUACAUAGAUACCCUGGCAGCCUGGGGCCGUCCAGCUUGCCAGGGCACCCAGUGAUGCAGGACCCGGAACUGUUCGCCCAGCCCAGGCACCCCACACUGGGCGCCACUGUACCACGCGGUACGCACUCAAGUUGACAAGACUAGAGUGCUAUAUGGCUCCAUACCCAAUCCACUUGUGGCCCUCGCGGAGCCUCUCCUACCUAGCCACGAGAUGGCGAGAAAUUAGAUCCAUGCUGGCGUGUUUGAGCCGCCAUUUCACCUCGGCCAUCACGGCCACAUUCGACACUUCUGCAACCUGCAUCCGCCUCGGCAAAUCCACACCUCGCAAAUCGGUUGUACUUAUUGUACGGUGUGGCGCGGCUCCUUGGGGGCCACAAUCGGUGCUCACGACUGCCUCUCGCUCCACCGGAGAAGGGCAGCAAAAAAAAAAAAAAAAGAAAAGAAAGAAAGAAAAGAGAUCAGCUGUUGGGUCUGAGUAACGCAGUGGCCAUCACGCCAGCGGUCCACUGCCCCGUCCCCCGUCGGCCCAUGGCCUUUGCCAGUCUUGCCCGGCCUUCCUUCGGCCUGGGGUCCCCUCUGCUGCAGCCAAGACCCAUGUCCCUAAUCGCUCGUGCAUAUGCGUCCGAACCCCUGUUCUUCUCCUGCCCGAAGGUUGCAUGACCAUUGUCGACCGCGUUCUCAUUUCCCACCAACCGCAUGGGAACCAGGCCCGUCGUUCCGCCCUCCACCACUGCUGCUCGAACCAGAAUCUGGGGUAAGCCUAGGGUAUCAUUUGGUUGUUGGGGUACCUAGGUAGACGCUGCUACACUAUACCCCGACGUUCAUAUAAUCCUCCACUUUCCCAUGCCAGAAAAUAUGCUCCACGAUACUCUCUCUUGACGAGCCACCCAGCCCAUACCCCUCCUCUUCCUUGUCUCGUUGCCUACCCAAAGUGCGACCGACUGACAAGUCGAACCCGAGAUCAUCAUGUCGGCUGAGAAGGAAGGCACCGAGGUGCACCACGACAUCUCCGCCGCCGAAAACCGGCCCUCCCACGACAUCCAGUACCCUGUCGUCGCCGAGGGCACUGGCAAGACCCUGGACGAGGCUCACGGCGCAAAGGCCAAGGAAGUGCACAAUGCCGAGUUCUUCGCCGCCGUCCAGGAGUCCAAGAUCGAGAGGUGGAGCAAGAACUCCCUGAUACUAUACUACUCCGUCUUCAUCGCUUUCUGCUGUGCAUGUGCCAACGGUUAUGAUGGCUCCCUGAUGGGUUCCAUUUACGCCAUGGAUCAUUUCCAGAAGACCUUCGGCACUGGUCUGGACGGAGUCGAGGUGGCUGUCAUCACCUCGCUCUACAGCGUGGGCUCAAUCGUUACUGCUCCUGUGGCUGCUGGUAUCUCUGACCGUUUUGGCCGCCGCAUUGCCAUGGCCAGUGGAGCCGUUGUCAUUAUCGUCGGCGCAAUUGUUGCUUGCACCUCCAACACCGUUGCUCAGAUCACCGUCGGUCGUUUCAUUCUUGGUGCUGGCAUCGCAACCAUGACGGUCGGCGCCCCGGCUUAUGCCAUCGAAAUUGCCCCAGCCCAUUGGCGCGGUCGAUGUGUCGGCUUCUACAACUGUGGUUGGUUCGGCGGCUCCAUCCCCGCCGCUUUUGUCACCUUCGGCACCAGCUACAUUGACAACAACUGGUCGUGGAGGAUCCCACUUCUCCUCCAGUGCUUCGCCUGUAUCGUCGUGCUUUGCUCCGUCUUCUUCUUGCCAGAGUCACCACGUUUCCAGAUUGCCAACGGCAAGGAGGAGGAGGCCACCGCCUUCUUGGUCAAGUACCACGGCAAUGGCGACCCGUCGUCCCGUCUGGUCAUGCUUGAGAUCGAGGAGAUGAAGGAGGGUAUCCGCCAGGAUGGCGCCGACAAGGUCUGGUGGGACUACCGCUCGCUGGUCAACGAGCACAACGGUCGCUGGAGGUUCCUGCAGGUCGUCAUGAUGAGCACCUUCGGCCAGUUCUCCGGAAACGGUCUCGGCUACUUCAACCCCACCAUCUUCAACGGAAUCGGCAUCACCUCUGUGGCCCAGCAGCUCGGCUUCAACGUUCUGAACAGCUGCCUCUCGGCCAUCGGCGCCGGUGUGGGUGUGUCGCAAAGUGACAGGAUGAUGCGCCGUCCGGUCCUGAUCUUCGGCACCUUCGCAUGUGCAUGUCUGCUGGCCAUCAACGGUGGCACCUCGGCCGUCGUCAACCAGCACACAGAUCCCGACGGGAAUCUUAACCCGGCCUACCUCUCAUAUGGACAAACCGCCCUUGCGUUCUACUUCCUCUUCAACAUCGUCUACUCCUUCACCUACACUCCCCUCCAAGGUAUCAUCCCUGCCGAAGCCCUCGACACAAACCGCCGCGCCAAGGGUCUCGCCGCUUCGGGCAUCAUUGUCGGCAUCUUUGGAUUCAUCAACCAGUUCUGUGGCCCCAUCGCCCUCAAGAACAUUGGCUAUAGGUACAUCUUCAUCUUUGUGGGCUGGGAUGUCAUUGAGGCCGUCCUCUGGUACUUUUUCUGCGUCGAGUCCCAAGGCAGAACCCUCGAACAACUCGAGUGGGUGUACAACCAGGCCAAGCCCGUCAAGGCUUCCCAACAAGUGGAGAAGGUCGUUAUCCAGGCCGACGGAAAGGUCACGGAGAAGAUCGUCGACCAGUCGGCCUAGAACCCCAAUCCAGGUGGCGCCGGGCCCUUUGGAGAACCCUAGUGGCUGUUGGCUCACUGGGAUGUCUCGGUGCGGGCCUGUUGUCAAUUGGUGGAUAAUUCGCCAGCUCGGCCAUGCUUUUAUACGGGACUACUGCAUGUUCGCAACGCCGUCGCAUUCCUCCCGACGGAUAGAGGGUGAUGUUAGUUGUUGGCUACUUGGGAAGGAGAGAUAACUGGGCGUUUAUGAUACCUCUUUUUAAUACAUGGAUGCCUGCUGUGCCGUCAAUGGCCUGUGGCAUUAACCUGCGACAA